AUGCCCACCAUGCGACAGACCUACAACGUGACAGUACCGGAGGACCCCCCAUCAGCCGCUUUCCCUUUCAUCAAACAGGAGAUGCGCAGAAAGGGCAGCGUGUCCGGCUCAGUGCUGGUGUCAACUUUUGUAGGGCUUCUCAUUAACCAAGCCAAGAAUUCGAAGAGUGCCCAAGGCCUGGUGGGACUCAAGAACCUGGGAAACACUUGCUUCAUGAACAGUAUCCUGCAGUGUCUCAGUAACACCCACAGCCUCCGAGACUACUGCCUGCACAACAGUCACCGCAGAGACCUUAACAACAACAGCCGCGCCAACACGGCCCUCAUGGAAGAAUUUGCCAAGUUGAUACAGACAAUGUGGUCAUCCACCAGCAGCGAGGCCGUCAGCCCCUCUGAAUUCAAAACUCAGAUUCAGAGAUAUGCACCCAGAUUUGUGGGUUACAACCAACAGGAUGCUCAGGAGUUCCUGCGAUUCCUCCUGGACGGUUUGCACAACGAGGUCAACAGGGUCACAGUCCGACCAAGGGGCAGCGUGGAGGACUUCGACCACCUCCCGGACGAGGAGAAGGGGAAGAAGAUGUGGAGCAAAUACCUGGAAAGAGAGGACAGCAAAAUAGUUGAUGUGUUCGUGGGGCAGCUGAAGAGCUCUCUGACCUGCAGUCACUGUGGCUUCUGCUCCACUGUGUUCGACCCUUUCUGGGACCUGUCUCUCCCCAUCGCAAAGAAGGGCUACGGCGAGGUCAGCCUCAUGGACUGCAUGCGGCUCUUCACCAAAGAGGACGUUUUGGACGGGGACGAGAAACCGACGUGUUACAGGUGUAAAGCCCGCAGGAGAUGCACAAAGAAGUUCACUAUCCAGAAGUUCCCCAGGAUUUUAGUUCUUCACCUAAAGCGUUUUUCGGAGGCGCGGAGAACCAGCAAACUAUCCACUUUUGUAAAUUUCCCCAUGAAGGAUCUGGACCUGCGGGAAUUUACUUCUGACAACAGCAUCAAUGCAGUGUACAACUUGUAUGCAGUCUCCAACCACUCAGGCACCACUAUGGGCGGCCACUACACGGCCUACUGUCGCAACCCCAACUCGGGAGAAUGGUACACCUUCAAUGACUCCAGAGUAACGCCAAUGUCGUCCAGCCAAGUGCGCAGCAGCGACGCCUACGUCCUGUUCUACGAGCUGACGUCGUCUUCGCGAAUUGAACACUCCCGAUGCUGA